AUCAUGUACUGUAUUAUGAAUGAAAAAAUUUUUUGAAAAAUCAAUCUCAAGUUGUUAAUAAUUUGGAAUUUGGAUCCCUUCCGUAAAAAUAAGAUAAUUGAUGAUUCCUUAUGUAAAAUCUAGUUUUUUUUAAUCCGGUGCUGGAUAUAGGUCAGUGUUUAACAAACUACAAACUCUGUAUGGGAAAAUAUAUUUUUGUGCUGACCCCAUUUCCUUAACCAGCCUUAUAGUAUGAGUAUCGGAAGAUAGAAAGGCUCCUCAUAUGAUAAGACAGAUUAUAUCGUGUACAUUAUUUUUAAAAAAUAUAUUCUGGAUGAUGGAGAAAUAUAAAUUUCACCACAUGCAAAAAAAAAGAUUUAGAUUCACGCUGGCGAGUCCAAAUUUCCAGUGUCCCACGUGCAUGUAUUUUCAUUUAAUACUGUUUUAACAGUGAUACCAUUUAUUAUCUUACCAAUGCAGUGUGUCAACUAGUUAGAUAUAAAGUUACCUUCGUUAAAAUGUUAUAUCUAUAUACCAAUCACAUUUAACGUUCUUUUUCUUUGUGCUCCUGUUUCGGUGGUAAGAAAUAUAGCGCAGUAUAUAUAUCAAGUACCUUUUAUUACACUAAACUUUUUUAAUAAUUUAGUGUUUUAUUAGAUUUUAUUUAAUAAUAAAUUUAUGGUUAAAAAAAAAGUUUGGAUUUAACUGAACAAAAUCUUAGAUACAUCCAAGAAGUAUUUAAAUCCUUGCCCAAAAUUAGCUUUAUUGAAAAACGAGGAAAAUUUUAAUUAUAUCAUAUUAGUUUUUAGUUGUAUCAUAUUUAAACAACUUUCUAGUUUGGAAACUUUUAAUCUAAUUAAAAAAAGAGCAAUUAACCAGUAACCUGCUAAGAUGUCAGCCUGUAAUAUGUAUUCAAAUGGCAAAUUAAUACAAACUUUUCAUUUUCGUGGAGAUCAAACUUUUUACAUAGAUUCAUUUGGCAAUAUAAGUUUUGGCAAAUAUAGACUCUGUAAAACUUGUCAUAAAUUUCACAAAGGUAUUUGUUGGUAUACUCCAAAAGGAUACAAACUACUAGCAAACAAACGAAAAUUUAUGAAAAAAAAAAUUCAGAUAGCCAAAAUUAGUUGUUCUAAAGAGCAAACAGUUAUCUACACUCCUGAAAAAAAACAAUUGGAAAAUAAUUUAUCAUUAAACUCCAACAGAUUUAAUUUACAUAAAACAGUUAACAUAUCAUCGUCAUCUACAUUUAGUUUAGAAAAAAACCGAUUUUUAUGUCCUAAUUGUGGAAAAUGUUAUAAACAUAGAAGUGGUAUUUUACGACAUUUAAAAUAUGAGUGUGGGGUUGAACCAAGAUUCAAUUGCAAGUUAUGUUGGAAAAAAUUUGCUAGAAAAGAAGUCUUAGAUGGUCACAUGAUUAACAUUCAUAAGACAUUACCAUAUAAUGUGAAAUGAGAGAUCAUUGAAUUUUUACUUAUUGUUAAAAACUUUAUUUAGAUUUAAAUGUAUGGAAAUAUUAAUUUACAAAAAUAUUCAAAAUUUAAAUUAUUAUCUUUUCUAAUACCUAAAAUACAAUAUUAUAUUAUGUCUUUUGCCAUUAAUACUAUACAAAUUACUUAUU